AUGUGCGGUAUUCUGUUACAUUAUUGUUCGAACAAUGACUUAUUAGAGAAUGACCUAAUUGAAUUUCCAGAAGGUACGGAAUUGGGCCCUACUACAUGUGUCAAUGAAUCGUCGAUUUUCAAUAAAAUUAUUCCAUACAUAGCUGCAAGAGGUCCAAACUACUCUUCUCUUCGGACCGUAAGAGCUUACCGAACAAGUUGGUUUUCUUCCGUUUUGUCUUUAAGGGAGCCUUUCACUAAGCAGAGCAUUAAUGUGGAUGACAGAUACUAUCUACAAUUCAACGGCGAGCUGUACAAUAAAGAGGUAUCCCACUGGGGAAACGAUAGUUUAUAUAUCGCUUCCUUGUUGAAGGAUUUAGAAGAUGAUGGCAGCGUUAUUGACGUUAUAAAAUCACUGGAAGGCGAAUAUGCUUACACUGUGUAUGACGUGAAGUCAGCGAAGUUUUAUUUUGGUAGGGAUCCCAUUGGCAGGCGAAGUCUGUCUUACUCGGUCACUGCAAACAACGAAUUAUAUGUAGCCAGUGUCACAGGUGCCGUCGAGUGUUUUCAUGACUGUAUAGGUGGAACUGUUUAUGAGUACGAUACGCAAACCAAAUCAUUGCACGACAACCAGAGGUUACGUCCUCCAUACGAAGUGACGCCAAAAUUGGAUAUGGAGUUCGUGUCACUGUCGAUAGUGUCUAAGAAUUUAUAUUCUGUACUACGUGAAUCUGUAAAAAAAAGGAUAGAAUCGAUACAUCCCGCGCAUAUUGAGAACUCCCCUAUCGCAGUACUAUUUUCUGGAGGAAUUGAUUGUUCAGUAAUAGCAGCUUUGGUGUGCGAAGUGUUACAAGAAAACAGUUAUAAAUGCGGGAAACCGACUAUAGAGCUUCUAAAUGUAUCCUUCGAGAACCCUAGAACAGGUCUUUUGCCCAGUGAUACGCCUGAUAGGAAAUUAUCCAUUAACAGUGCGAGGAUUAUACAAAAAUUAUAUCCAGAGAUUGACAUCAAACUAGUUGAAAUUGAUGUUCCUUAUGAGGAAUAUUUAAAAUUCAGACCAUCCGUUAUUGAUUUAAUGUAUUCCAAACAAACAGAGAUGGAUUUAUCUAUUGCGAUUGCCUUUUUUUUUGCAUCAAGAGGUAAAGGUUUCUUGACUUUGCCCCACGGUGAAAGAAAGCCAUACCAGCGCCAUGGAAUAGUGUUACUUAGUGGACUGGGAGCAGACGAGCUCUAUGGCGGAUACCACAAGUUUGCAAAUAAGGCGCCUCAUGAACUUGUGGAGGAAUUAACGAAGCAAAUAAACAAUAUUUAUGAGCGCAACCUCAAUCGUGAUGAUAAAGUGAUUGCUCAUAAUGGCGUGGAGGUUAGAUACCCAUUCUUAGAUGAAUAUGUCAUAAAGUUUUCCACGGUGGAAAUUCCCAUUAAUUACAAAGUCAACAAAUUGAUUCUUCGAAAAGUUGCCUCGCAAUACUUGAAAUUGGACGGAAUAUCAGAAGAACCAAAGAGGGCUAUACAAUUUGGGGCUAAGAGCGCUAAAAUGACUAAGGAUAGUAAUAAACACGGAACGGAUCUACUGAAUAGGAAUUGA